AUGGAAGAGAAAGAUCAACGUUAAAGAAAUAUUGAACAUUUUAAGAUCAAGAAAUUGAUGACAAGACUUAGAAACACUAGAGGUUCUGGUACUUCUAUGGUUUCUUUGAUUAUUCCUCCUAAGAAGUAAAUUAACGAUUCCACAAAGUUAAUCAGUGAUGAAUUCAGUAAGGCCACUAAUAUUAAAGACAGAGUCAACCGUUAAUCUGUACAAGAUGCAAUGGUUUCCGCCUUACAAAGAUUAAAAUUAUAUCAAAGAACUCCCAAUAAUGGUUUGAUUCUUUAUUGCGGUAAGGUUCUUAACGAAGAAGGAAAAGAAAUUAAGCUUUUGAUCGAUUUCGAACCCUACAAGCCCAUCAACACCUCUCUUUAUUUCUGUGACAGUAAGUUCCACGUUGAUGAAUUGGGUUCACUUCUUGAAACCGACCCUCCUUUUGGUUUCAUCGUUAUGGAUGGUCAAGGUGCUCUCUAUGCCAAUCUCCAAGGAAAUACAAAGACAGUUUUAAAUAAAUUCUCAGUCGAAUUGCCCAAGAAGCACGGUAGAGGUGGUCAAUCAUCAGUUCGUUUUGCACGUCUUAGAGUUGAAAAGAGACACAACUAUCUUAGAAAGGUUUGUGAAGUCGCCACUUAAACUUUCAUUUCCCAAGAUAAAAUUAAUGUUUAAGGUUUAGUCUUAGCUGGUUCUGGUGAUUUCAAGAAUGAAUUGAGUACUACAUAGAUGUUCGACCCUCGUCUUGCUUGCAAGAUUAUCAAGAUUGUUGAUGUUUCUUAUGGUGGUGAAAAUGGUCUUAACCAAGCUAUUGAACUCGCUUAAGAAUCUUUAACUAACGUCAAGUUCGUUUAAGAAAAGAACGUUAUCUCCAAAUUCUUCGAUUGCAUCGCUAUUGACUCCGGUACCGUUGUCUAUGGUGUUCAAGAUACUAUGUAACUCUUAUUAGAUGGUGUUAUUGAAAACAUUCUUUGUUUCGAAGAACUCACUACCUUGAGAGUCACUCGUAAAAAUAAAGUCACAGAAUAAAUCACUCAUAUAUUCAUUCCUCCUAAUGAAUUAAAUAAUCCUAAGCAUUUCAAGGAUGGUGAACAUGAACUUGAAAAGAUUGAAGUUGAAAACUUAACUGAAUGGUUAGCUGAACACUACAGUGAAUUCGGUGCUGAACUUUACUUUAUUACUGAUAAAUCUGCUGAAGGUUGCCAAUUUGUCAAAGGUUUCUCUGGUAUUGGUGGUUUCUUAAGAUAUAAGGUCGAUUUAGAACAUAUUGUUAACCCUAAUGACGAAUACAACUACGAAGAAGAAGAAGGCUUCAUAUGA